UGUCAGAAUUGUUUUGUAUCCAAUUUUCAAACGAACGGAUUCUUUUUGUGUCAACCAUAAGCGAAUUGCGUACACAAAAAGUGAUCAAAUUGAAACACUUUCAUUGAGAAGAAUAUUUUUGUUGCAGAAUGGCAGAUCUUGACGAGACUAUGGAAAUUGAAGUGAUAAAUGAAGGAUCCGACAUAAAAAGACGAAUAACCUAUAUUACAUCAAAAAUAAAAGAGUAUCAGGACAAAGUAAAGGAAAUUAUAUCCAGUUAUUAUGUCGAUUUCGUACCUAGCUGUUACGCUAAUGUAUCUAUUAUGAAGAACGGAAAAAUGCUCGAGGAUGACAUCAAUAAAGUUGUUGGCCUAAUCAACCAGGACACGUCAUGGCAGCAUCAAACAACACAAGAAACUAUGCAGCACUAUCGUGAGGAGCUGAGUGAGGCUAUUUUAGGCUACAAAACUUCAUUCAAGUUGCAGACAAUCCACAGCCUCUUUGAAAUGAUAACGCGAUCCGGAGAUGACCAUCAAAAGUUAAUACAAAUCCUCGAGAAAAUUAAACUGUUGCUCAACGAUGGAACCGACCCUAUCUUGACGAGAUUGGAAUGUUAUCAGAACAUAAGGCUUCGUUAUCACGAAGAGUAUCAGAUACUUCUAAAUAAUCUCCAUAAGAAGUUCGAAUCGUUAAUUCAGUUCAACGAGAAACCAUUCCAGAACAUGAAAACUGUUACGAUUAGAAUUAAAAAGGACGAGGAUAAAUUGCAUCAGGUUAUAACGGCGUUGAUUCAAACUAAUUACAAUGUUCAACGGAUUUGUAAAUUUCUUAUGGAUAACGUUUUUGAGCCUAUUAUUACAAGACCAGUUUCAUUAACAUCCAAUGAGGACGAAGGUGAUUUUGUAACACUACAGCUGUCUUAUCAACUAAAGUCUAGUGAUGAUUUGCGGCCCAAUUAUAAAACGAUUUUUCAAAAAAUUAUGGAAACAUUCUACUGCUUGGGGCAUAUGAACAUAAUCAUCUCAGAACAUCAGUGCAUUUUCUCCAUCAUAGCGAAACACAUUAAGGGGGAUUUUUGUAAACUACUUAUCGAGAGCUGUUUACAAAAUGAUAUCCCAGACACAAUCACCGAAAUGAACGAAUGUAACAUCAUUCAGGCUAUUCAAGAGUUCAAUAAAUUUCUAAAGGAUAUGCUUUUCUUGGAUAACGAAAACGAUCAAGCGCUGGAUGAAUAUGCCAGUAAGAUUGAGGUAUUAUUUCAGAAGAAAUUUUGUAUGAACAUUAUGACCAGCGCUAUUGAUAUAAUGAAAAAAGAUUUGCACGAAAUGGUUCUCAUUGAAGAGUGUGAGUAUAAUUUUUCAAACGGAUCGGACAUCUUUUCCAGUUGUAUGGUAUCGAAAAGUGCGAUUGAGUUGAAAAAACUUCUCGAUAAGAUAGUGGCAGAAGCAAUGUCAAGUGAAAAACAUUUAUCAGACCGUUUAUUGAAAACAAUUGCGAUAAUAUUGGAACGCUACACCAUCGAAGUGUCCCAUAAUCAUGAGAAACUGUUGCUCAAAAUCCCACAGCAAACUGCCUUGUUUCACAACAAUUGUCUGUAUUUAUCGUUCUGGAUGCAAAAGAAUGCCAGCAAACUGGACGGUGGCAAUUCAUUUGUUUUGAUUGGAAAUGCGCUUCGUGACCAGGGAACUAAAACAUUCAACAGCCAACUGCAGAAUCAACGCGCAGUACUUUUACAAUCACUGGAAGGAUUCGAUCUAGCCGACACUGUUGUUGAACUGGGGCCUGAGCCUCAAAAGGCUAUAAGACAGUGUAUGCGACAGCUCGAUGUGCUGAAAAGCGUUUGGCAAACAGUAUUGACGGAGCAUGUAUAUAAAACCAGUAUGGGUGGACUACUGACCCUUCUUUGUGCAGAAAUCAUCAAAAGAAUAUUUAAGCUCGACGAUAUAACCGAUUCCAUGGGACAUGGUCUGGUAGAUGUUAUCGGUAUAAUGCAGGAAAAAGCGCCCCAGUUGUUCAAGAAUCCGACUGACAUAACGAUAAUAGUGAAAAAUUGGAUGAAACUGGUACAACUUAGCAAAAUUCUUGACGCAUCUUUGGUGGAAAUCACCGAAAUGUGGGCAGAAGGAAAGGGACCACUUACACUGAAUUUCAAAUCCGAGGACAUCAAACAUUUGAUAAAGGCACUGUUCCAGAAUACGAAACAUCGCCAAAUUUGUCUAGCAUCAAUAAUACAGCCAUGAUGUGAAUAAACACAAGUCCCGUUUUCAUUUUUGUUUGUUAACACUUUGCCGUCCACAGGUCUCGUAAAAAUGUAUUCGCUUAGCGCCGGCAGCGAUAAUUCGGAUUAUUUGGCUUAUCACCGGCCAUUCUUGACAUUAUCGGGAAAUUAUAAAUUGUUAAGUUAGUCGUUAGUUCUCAUAAAUUUUCAACCCUGUUACCCUAAUUUCAUGAAAUUUCGAAGAUAUACAUACGUAAAUACAUAUUACAAACGUGUCCAUA